AUGUUGGGUCGUCAAGAAGAUAAAUUAUGUGGAAUUUUCUCUGCUCUGGCGGCUUUGUCCUUCUUAUGCUUUGUUCAAAGCUCCUCCACUGGAAGCACCGGAAUGUCUGUGGCCAAGACCACCGUGGACAAGUUGCUGAAGGGAUAUGACAUCCGUUUAAGGCCUGAUUUUGGAGGUCCUCCAGUCAUUGUAGGUAUGAGCAUCAACAUAGCGAGCAUCGACUCCAUCUCAGAAGUAAACAUGGACUAUACCAUCACAAUGUAUUUCCAGCAGAGCUGGCGAGAUAAGCGUUUGGCCUAUGGUGAGCUGAACUUAAACCUGACUCUGGACAACCGUGUAGCAGACCAGCUUUGGCUCCCUGACACCUACUUCCUUAAUGACAAGAAGUCCUUUCUUCAUGGUGUGACAGUAAAAAACCGAAUGAUCCGACUCCACCCUGACGGCACUGUCUUAUACGGACUGAGAAUAACCACCACUGCUGCUUGCAUGAUGGACUUAAGGAGGUAUCCUCUUGACGAACAGAACUGCACCCUGGAAAUUGAAAGCUAUGGAUAUACUACGGAUGACAUCGUAUUCUUCUGGCAAGGAGGAGACAACGCUGUGACAGGCGUUGACAAGUUAGAGUUACCUCAGUUCUCCAUUGUAGACAUCCGCUUGGUGUCCAGGGAGGUCAGGUUUACUACAGGUUCAUAUCCAAGGCUUUCACUGAGUUUCAGGAUUAAGAGGAACAUUGGAUAUUUCAUCCUGCAGACAUAUAUGCCCUCCAUCUUGAUCACCAUCCUCUCCUGGGUCUCCUUCUGGAUCAAUUAUGAUGCAUCUGCAGCUCGGGUGGCCCUGGGUGUGACAACGGUGCUUACCAUGACAACAAUUAACACCCACCUUAGGGAGACUCUCCCAAAGAUUCCGUAUGUGAAAGCCAUCGACGUCUACCUCAUGGGCUGUUUUGUGUUUGUGUUCCUGGCCCUGCUCGAAUAUGCCUUUGUAAAUUACGUGUUCUUUGGCCGGGGCCCUGCGCAACAGAAGAAAAUCAAUGAGAGGCUGAACAAAGUCAACAACGAGCGCACAAGAUACGAAGAGAAACGCCUGAGGGAACAGGACUCCAUUUCCGUGCCGUUUCAAACCAACACCUUCAGGUCAUUUACACAGCGAAGAAAUCUGUAUCUCGAGGAACAAAGAAAAGUUGGGGUGGAUGCUUACGGAAACAUCCUCCUCACCACACUGGAGAUGAACAACGAAGUGAUGCCUUCUGAUGUGGGAAGCAGCGUCAGUGACUCUCGGAAUUCAGUCAUGUCCUUCGACAGCUCCGGGGUCCAAUUCAGGAAGCCCAUGGCGCCCCGAGAUGGCUUCAGCCACCACUCACUGGAUCGGAGCGCCAUGCGGAGCCGGGCCAACUGUCGGCUACGGCGACGCUCCUCCAAGCUCAAGUUGAAAAUCCCAAACCUGUCAGAUGUUAGCACCAUUGACAAGUGGUCCCGGGUCAUUUUCCCUAUCACCUUUGGAUUUUUCAACCUAAUCUACUGGUUGUACUAUGUGAAUUGAUGUGCAUCCCACUAGGAAUCAUGGGCCAUAUUUUGAGAGCACAUUAAAUUGGCUUUGAUACAGUUCCAAAAUAUGUAUACACAUAUACAAGUUGAACAUAUGUAUAUGCAUAUUUCUAUAUAUUAUAUUUAUAUAUACA